CGCAAACCCCCAAAUUAAACAAUCUGUAUCAAUUGAGCGAAUCACAGUGACCUUGGUUCAUUGACCAAUCAGAAGAAUACUUGUCCACCUCCGUAAUUUUGAAGAGAAAUAAUAAGUCUUUGGUUUUAAAUCUGAACAUUCUCUCUUUAUCACAGUUUCGCAUCGAUUAAAACGACAAAAAUGCCUUUCAUACCGGCUAAAGUAGAGAAGUGUGUGCGUUGCGAUAAAUCUGUUUACGCGGCUGAAAGGAUGGAAGCUGGCGGGAAUAUAUGGCAUAAACGUUGUUUCUGUUGUUCAAAAUGUGAUAUGCUGUUGAAUCUGAAUAAUUACAAUCAAAGCGAUCGAAUCCUGUAUUGUAAAAAGCAUUUUCAAGAAGAAGUUUUGGCCAAGAAUACUCAAACUCCAAUCUAAUAUAAUGAUAAAAAAAUGGAAAGUAACCAGGAGGAAAUGAAAUAUAAUGCAAUUUCCCCUACUUUAUCAUCCCCACCUCGUUGAUAGUGAAAAAACUAUCGAAAAUUGUGUUCAUGUUUCCAUAUUUUUCAUAACAUAUUAGAUAUGUAAACCGUAGAUUCCUAACUUAGUUCAUUGUCAGCAUAAAUCUACAUCAGUGUACAUCUCUUGCCCUCUCUCUUUUCCCUGUCUUCAUUUGCAUACUUUUUGAUUUUUCUCCACUGGCCAUUAGUCGUUGUACAACCGUGAUCAAGCUUCUUACCGUGACCGUUUUCCUCUAGAAACUUUUCUUUUUACCCGCUUUAUAUUGCAUUCUGCACAUUUUAUGUAGUUCUCUAGAUCAUAAGAAAAAUGUUAUCAAAAUACCAA